AUGGCGAGCUUUGACAUGUUGAGGGAGGACAUCCUCGAUGUCUUUAAUGUGUUUGAUGAGGAGGGCACCGGUAGUAUCUCAAUGCAGGAGCUGACCCGUGCUAUCUACACCAUCACUGGUACACGUAUUUCGCGCUCGGAUCUGCGGUCCCUCGUUCAGGCCGUGCAGGAGGAGAUGAAGGAGGAGGCACAUGCGAGAAAGACGCCUCUUGGGGUUGAUCUCCCGCCCAGAGCAAAUUCACUGGAGACGAGCAUUUCGCCGAAUGCGGAUGGCGAGAACGACGCUGUCGACUCCAGCCUUUUUGUUGCUGUGGUACUGAAGACACUGAAUCGACACACCUACGAGCAGGAGUUGCUUUUUACGUUUCAUUUGCUGGAGGACAAGAACUAUCCCGGGUUUAUAACGAAGGAUAGUCUUAAGAAGGCUGCGGCAGAGAUGGAGGAGCACCUGACAGAUCAGGAAGUAAAUGAGAUGUUUGAUAAACUAGUGACUGGAAUUUCAUCUUCCGCAGUGGAUUUUACGACUUUUACUUCAGUUUUGGAAGCGGCAAAGCGCAUGGACGACUGA